AUGAGUAUGGCGACGACGAGUCGACUGGUGAGGGUUGCGCAAGAUGGUUCAGGCGAUUACUGUUCCGUUCAGGACGCAAUUGACUCGGUGCCUCUUGGAAACACUUGUCGGACUGUAAUCCGUCUCUCGCCGGGGAUUUACCGCCAACCCGUUUACGUGCCCAAGAGGAAAAACUUCAUCACCUUCGCCGGAAUCUCCCCGGAAAUCACCAUUCUCACUUGGAACAAUACGGCUACCAAGAUUGACCAUCACCAGGCGUCUAGAGUCAUCGGAACGGGGACAUUUGGGUGUGGGUCUGUUAUUGUCGAAGGAGAAGAUUUUAUUGCAGAGAACAUCACUUUUGAGAAUUCUGCUCCUGAGGGAUCAGGGCAAGCGGUUGCGAUAAGAGUCACUGCAGACCGUUGUGCCUUUUAUAAUUGUCGGUUUCUCGGCUGGCAGGAUACAUUGUACCUACAUCAUGGGAAACAAUAUUUGAAGGACUGCUAUGUCGAGGGAAGCGUGGAUUUCAUAUUUGGAAACAGUACAGCACUCUUGGAACACUGCCAUAUCCACUGCAAAUCUCAGGGUUUUAUGACUGCACAAAGCCGAAAAUCAUCUCAGGAGUCUACUGGUUAUGUAUUCUUAAGAUGUGUGAUCACAGGCAAUGGCCAGAGUGCGUAUAUGUAUCUCGGAAGGCCAUGGGGACCAUUUGGGAGGGUGGUCCUUGCAUACACUUACAUGGAUGCAUGUAUCAGACAUGUCGGUUGGCAUAAUUGGGGAAACCCAGAGAAUGAAAGAAGCGCUUGCUUUUAUGAGUACAGGUGCUUUGGUCCAGGUAGCUGUUCAUCUGCACGGGUAACGUGGGCAAGAGAGCUGAUGGACGAAGAAGCUGGACAGUUUCUGCAUCAUAGUUUUGUGGAUCCAGAUCAGGACCGGCCUUGGUUAUGUCCGAGAAUGGGAAUGAAAGUACCAUAUUCGGCGUAG